AUGUCUGCCGCUAAGACCAAGGCUCAGACUCUUAUUAACGAGAAUGGCGUUGUCGUCUUCUCCAAGUCCUACUGCCCCUACUGCACCGCUACCAAGUCGACCUUGAAGGAUGCCGGUGCUAAGUUCACCGUUCUCGAGUUGAACGAGAUUGUAGAUGACGGACCUGCUAUCCAGAACGCCCUCGUCGAGAUCUCGAACCAGCGUACCGUGCCCAACGUUUUCAUUCAGGGAAAGCACAUUGGUGGAAACUCGGACUUGCAGGCUAAGAAGGCUCAGUUGCCUGCUUUGUUGAAGGAGGCUGGUGCGCUUUAG